UUGGUUAAUAAGAGAGCGAUCCCAAAGUCCACAAAACUGUUCAAAAUAGAAUCCGUUUGUGCAAAUUUCCACCCGUUGAUACAAAUUUCCAAGACGAACAUAUAAACAGAGAAAGACAGACAGAGAAAGACAUAUGUAUAGACGAGAGAGAAGAGAAUAAAAAUAAGAGCAAGCGAUUUUGGAGCUCUGCAACUUCUUCCAUUGCCAUGGAUUACCUAAAAUCCGUGGUACCUUCUCAACUCGUCUCGGAGAGAGGCUCCAAUCUAAUCGUCAUCAACCCAGGUUCCACAAAUAUCAGAAUUGGCCUUGCUUCCCAAGAUGCCCCUUUUAAUAUUCCUCACUGCAUUGCUCGGUAUACCAACCAAGUGCCCAAGAAGAAUGUACAAGAUCAGAUGCUCAAUUCGCAGGUUACAACUGCACAGCAUGUGGAGAGAGAAAAGGCGUAUGAUGUUAUUGCAUCGCUUUUGAAGAUUCCGUUUCUGGAUGAAGAGGUCGCUAACAAUUCCUUCCCACGCAAGAUGGGACGUGUUGAUGGAUAUAAUCCACCAAAUACCAGGAAGGAUGCAGCAUUUAAUUGGACAGAUGUAUAUGAGAAGAACAUGAAUUCAACUUCAGUGUCAGAAAAUUUAAUGGACAAAGGCAUGACUAAUGAGCCCUUGGACGGCCAACAUGAAGGUUCCGAACCUAAGGAGCUUCCUUCAAAUGAACAUAAGUUCAAAGCCUUCAUUUGCGGAGAAGAAGCACUAAAAAUAUCCCCCACAGAACCAUAUUGCUUACAUCGUCCUAUACGCAGAGGUCACUUAAAUAUUUCAGAACAUUAUUCCAUGCAGCAGGUAUUUGAGGAUUUGCAUACCAUUUGGGACUGGAUUUUGAUAGAGAAACUGCAUAUCCCUCUGGCUGAAAGAAACAUGUAUUCUGCUAUUCUUGUUGUGCCAGAAACAUUUGACAACCGAGAAAUAAAAGAGCUGUUAUCUAUUGUGCUGAGAGACCUGCGCUUUAGCUCAGCGGUGGUACAUCAGGAAGGCCUAGCUGCAGUUUUUGGUAAUGGGUUGUCCACAGCAUGUGUUGUAAAUAUGGGUGGUCAGGUGACAUCAGUUAUUUGCAUCGAGGAUGGAGUGGCCUUACCUACGACUGGGAAGACUUUACCUUUUGGGGGAGAGGAUAUAGCAAGAUGCCUUCUUUGGACUCAGAGGCACCACCAGACAUGGCCACAAAUUCGUACAGAUGUUUUGUCAAAGCCUAUAGAUCUUUUGAUGCUUAACAGACUUAAAGAGUCCUAUUGUGCGAUAAAAGAAGGGGAACUGGAUUCUCUUGCUGUAGUUCAUUCUUAUGAAGAUGGCAUGCCAGCUGGCUCUCAUAAGACAAGGCUAACUGCACUUAAUGUACCUCCAAUGGGUUUGUUCUACCCAACGCUUUUGGUUCCAGAUGUGUAUCCUCCACCACCCCGCUUUUGGUUUAAUGACUAUGAGGAUAUGCUAGAAGAGACAUGGCAUAUGGAAUUCCCUAGAAGAUCUGAGUUCUCAGAUGGCUUAUUUCCCAAUGUCAAUGUUGGAUUAGCAAUGUGGGAUAGCUACCCAGUUUUUGCAACUAAGCCAAAGAAAGAAGAGAAGGUUGGCCUUGCAGAAGCUAUCACUGGUAGCAUUCUUUCAACAGGACGUAUAGACCUCCAAAGAAAGUUGUUUUGUAGCAUACAGCUGAUUGGUGGAGUGGCCUUGACAAAUGGUCUUGUUUCAGCAGUGGAGGAGAGGGUCUUACAUGCAAUUCCUUCGAAUGAAGCCAUUGAUACUGUUGAGGUUUUACAAUCAAGGACGAAUCCAACUCUUGUUCCCUGGAAGGGUGGAGCAAUUCUCGGAAUUCUUGAUUUUGGUCGGGAUGCUUGGAUACACAGGGAGGACUGGAUUCGCAAUGGAAUUCACAUUGGAAGUGGCAGAAAGUACAAGGACUCUUAUUUUCUUCAAGCACAGGCAAUGUGUUACAUUAAUUCAUAAAACUGUGACAGUCUCCCCAUAUGCUUCACUACGUAUUAUGCAUAACCAGAACCAAAGGUGUAAUGGCAAGCCCAUGCUUGGGUUGGAGUUUAUUGUUUUCUUUCUUCUUCUUUAUUUCUUUUCCCUUUCUUUUGUACAGCUUUCAACAACACGGUCCUAAAAUUUUCAUAUUGCUAGGAGUCAAAUUCUCACAGCACGGCUUAUCUAAUUUUGGGAAAAUACGAUAGAAGUUACGAAUGUAAUUUGGUAGUUGUAUUCUUUUGUAGCUUUCUUUCUGUGUAAAAUUUAUUUCAUUCCCUAACUUAUUACUGUGACUAGUAAGGCCUUAUUCAGAUGCCAUUUUAUCUUUGUAAUGAAGCUUUUAAGGAUUUUUCAAGCCUAUUUAUAACCAAACAAAGGUCAAAUUCCAUUCUACUUAAAUUGGCUGAGAAAAUUUUGAUUGAUCCCACAUCGAAAAAGAGAAAGCAGGAAGAACAUCAAAGAAGCAUACAAAUAGAGGAGGUUGUGCAGUUCAUCAAUUUAAAAGGGUCGGCUGGCUAAAUGUGCCACGCUCACCCUCGCAUUGGUGAGUGCUGUAUGGCUAUCAAGAUAUAUGGCCGACAUAAUUUGUGGAACCCCUUUUAGGGUUGGCUCGCUUUUGGCCGACCCUCCAA